UACAAUAUGUGCAGUCUUCGUAUAGUUUGUUUAAUUGCCUCUCUCUUUACAGUUUGUCGUGCUACCAUGUUCUCCAGGAGAUAUACCGCGAAACUGGAACUCGAUAACAAGAUGUCCAAUGAAAAACUUGUAGGAGAACAGGAAGCCCAUUCAUUACGUGAGUGUGCUGCCACCUGUCAGAUAGAUUGUGGUUUCUUCGGGUACAACCCUACGCUGAAGAAGUGCCGGACCCACAAGAAGGCCUUCACUUCCGGAAUGUCGGACGAAGUAGGAUGGCGAUAUUACUUUCCAGAAUUUCUCCCCUCAGAUUGUAAGGACCUUUGUGACAAUGGUUAUGAUAAAUCAGACGUGUACGAUAUUUACCCGUACGGGAAAAAUUCCAUUCCGGUCAAAGUUCACUGUAACAUGGAUAUAAUGGGCGGCGGGUGGACGCCUAAAAAUUGUAUAUACUGGAACUGGACAGACUACAAGAAUGGUUUUGGUGAUCUAGAACAGGAAUUUUGGAUCGGAAAUGACGUGAUCCAUCAGUUAACAAAAGAGAACAACUCGGCCCUUUAUGUGUCCAUCACUCUCCAGAAUGGCACAACGUUGUACGAAAUGUACGAUCGAUUCUCUGUCUCCGAUGAAACAGGGAAAUAUCAACUCUUUCUUGCAGGACCUGCCACGGGAACCUUAGGUGACAGUAUGAUAGACACUGGUUUUUCUAGGGCUGAUCUCUCUGGGAUGUACUUCUCCACCCUAGACAGGGAUAAUGACAGGUGGAGUGGUAACUGUGCUGCCUACUAUGGAGGAGGCUGGUGGUUUAAUUUCUGUCACUACGCCUUCCUCAACGGGCCAUGGUCCUCGGAGUCCUGGAUCUACCUAUGGUAUCCUACAAUAUGGAGUGGAACGUCCAUAAGGGAGACAGCCAUGAUGAUCAGGCGCCACUAGUUAAACCCCAUCACAUCCCAAUAACUACUUUAUUCUUUUUGCAUUUCUAGUGGUUAUAAAAAAAUUGUUUAAUAAAACAUGCUCUUAUAUCAGUGAAGCAUUAAAUUCAUUCUUCUUUUCAUAACAGAUAAGAGACCAUCCAUCACCAAGACAAACCCGAUUUCAAAUUAAUCUUUUUCACAGGCCAAUGGUUCUUUUUUUU